AUGACCUACAAGGCUCUCCACGAUCGUUUCGACCUUCCACCUCCCCCGGCGCUGACCGUCUGGUCCCUGGCGCGCUCGCACGAGUCGCAGCGCGCAUGGCUGCCCGACUUUCCCGCCUCUGCGGCGCCCGUCGAGGAGCUGCGCCGCUUCCUCAUCGACUGCGUCGCGCCCAAACUCUCGCCCGGGGUGCGCAUCCAGCUGAAAGUCAUCGCCAGCAUCAGCGCGGUCUUGAUCGGCACGCAUGUCGUACAACUCGCCCUCCGAGCACGCAGGACGCCAUUCUCGCUAUUCCGUCGCAUCCAGCGGCCCUAUGGCGUCUUGAUCGUGCCUGAGGCCAUCACUGUUGUCACGGCGUUCGGCACCGUCUUCUGCACAUGCCAUCUCGCACUCAUCUGGACAUUCGUGGUCUCUGCACAGGAACGUCGGCCGGUCAAGUGCAUGUGGAUCUGGCUCACCGCCACCUGGUUCCCCCUCGCCUGGGCCGUCUACUUCUACGUGGUCGGGUGGGUCUACGUCCGACCCCGUGCUCGCGCCUCGGCAACGUCUGACCUCUCUCGGCGGUCCAGCCAGCGGACAGUCGUGCGCAGGCACGGCCUCGAGGCGUGGGCGAUCAAUGCCGCCAUGUUAGGUGCCCCCGUCACGCACUGGGCCCUUCUCAUGGUCCCCAUCUGCUUGGCCGACCGGCGCUGGCAGUCGGCGCUCGCCUCCCACGUUGCCUGGGAGGAGCGCUGGGGUUCGUCGAAGGACCUCGACCGCGAGAUGCUGCUGCAAGCGCAGCAGGUGUGGUAUGCCAUCGUCGCUUCGAGCCGGUACGCUGCGCUGGCCUUUGCGCUAUGGGCCGUCUCGGCCUUUGUCCUCGCCGCGGCCAUCAUCAUGUCUGGGAACGCGAUCACCUCGUUCAUGCGUUCCCAGAUCGCGGUCCAGGCCAUGAGAUUGUCGGCCUGCCACACGACGCCGAUGCGAUGCAGGACGACUCCGUUGCCAGAAGCUCGACAAGGUCCUCUCGGCCAGCGGGCCCCGUCUCCCAUCACCUCCAGCUACAGCGGCACCACUUGCGACGACGUCAAGCUUGCCGAGCCUCAGCACUCUGACUCGGCCGGUCAGCGCGCUCAGCCGACGGAGGGCACGGCAAGCUCGUCCGAUGCUGCUCCGCCGAUCCAGCUUGGCUGCGCGUGCCGCAGCGCGGCCGUGGCGACAGUCGAGGUUCCGGACCGCCGAUAUCAUCGCGUUCUUCAGAAGCUUCUUGUCGAGUUUAUCUUGCAAUGGGUCUUGAUGGCCGGCGCCAGCCUCUUCCUGUGUGGCGUAGCGCUGGCCGUCAGCAUCCUCUGCACGCCCCAGUACGAGGCGAACCAUUUCGAGGCGCUCGAGAUGCCGUGCCUGCUGGCGGCCAACUACAUGGCUCUGUGCGUGUCGCUGCUUUUCCACUCGCUGCAGCUGGGCAAGCUGCGCGGGUCGAUGGACUUCGACUCACUGGCCACAACCACCAGGGGCGACCGCAGCCGCCACGGCGACGCUGCCGACCUCGAACUCGACACCGGUGCCGGUCGCGGCGAUGCACGCGCUUCGCCGAGCUGA